AUGUUCGUUUUUGAAAGAAAUAUCGGUAAACAAAUUACAAAUGCUGGUGGUCUAUACUUACGUUAUAUUGAUGAUAUGUUCAUUAUUAUAAACUGGCCCAAACGACACUUAAAUAAACAAAUUGAUCAAUGGAAUACUUUGGACUCAAAUAUUCAACUGAAAGCUCAAGCCGAUGAACGUGAGGAUCUAAGAAUGGCUCUAUUAUUAAAUAAAUAUCCAGGCAAAUUUAUAGAUAAUCAAUUCAAUCGUGUACUCAAAAACCGUAAUAUUACUCAAUCAUUAACUAGUAACAAUUACAAUAUGAUACGAAAAAAUAUUAUUUAUAAUAUUAUAAAAGAAGAAAAAAUACCAACUGAUCAUUAUAGAACAAUGUUUAUUCAUUUUACUUACUGUUUAAACAUACGAACUUUGCCAACAAAAUUUCAUACCCUUUGGAAUAAAUAUUUUAGUGAAUCACCAAUUAAUGAAAUUAUACCAGUUAUUGGCACUCGAAAUGUUCAAAAUUUACAAAAACAGCUGAAAAUACCUAAUCCAGACCCAUAUACACCAAUAGAAUUUUGUAUUUUUAUUGAUAAUUCAAAUGUGCUUAUUGGUGCUGAAAGCAUAUACAAUAAAAAUACUGGAUUAACUGAAAAAGAUCCAGCUAUUCGUGUGAAUGUUAAGAAACUUGCAAAAGUACUUGAAGAUGAUAAAUUAGGAACAGAUAUAAAAUCACGUACUGUUGGUGGAAGUAUACAACCGAAAAAUGCAGGUGUUUGGAAAGAAUGGGAAUCUUGUGGCUACAAAUGUAUAGUGGGAGAACGGUCGGAGAGCGGCCUAGAAGUCUUCAUGGACAAUAUGUUACACGCUCUAAUUCACGAUGCACUUCUAGGUUCUAACGAUACUCGGACUAAAAAAGUUCUUGUUUUGGUUACUGGCGAUGGAAAUGCAAACUAUGGUCAAACAAAUUUUGGAAAUGUCAUAGAGAGAGUAUUGAAAAAAGCGUGGAGUGUGGAACUUUGGUCAUGGGAAAAUUCACUGAGCUCAACAUUUUUGAGGAUUCAAAGAUUUUUCCCAACUCAAAUGACCAUUAAAUAUUUAGAUCCUCAUAGGCGCUAUAUUACAUUUAAAGCACAAGCCAACAAAAACUGA